AUGGAUUAAAUACAUCCAAAAAAUUAAAACUUAUACAUAUAUCCAACCUUGUCAAAUUAAUAAAAAUAUUAUUUAGAUGAAUUGAAAUCUAAAAAAGAUGAAGAAUAAGCAAUUCUAAUUAUUUAAUCAUUAAAUGGAAAACCUAAAAAAGGAUUAAUGGCUUUAUAAAGUGUUAUUAAAGCAUUAAAUAAACAAGACCGAAAUUAAUUUUUUGAGAAUACUAUUCCAAAAAUGGCUAAAUAUUCUAUAGAAUUAUUAAAAAAUUCUCUAAAAAAAGAAUUAAUAGUAUCAGAAGGAAUUUUUCAAUUUACAAGAAAAGAGAUUUAUCAAUUUUUAUCAUUAGCAUUUUUUGGUUUAUUAAAAAAUCAACUUGGUAGAUUUCCUUCUCCAUGUAAUUUAACUUAUAUACUUGAGGAGAGAACUGAAAAGGUCAAAUGUUAUCUUCAUUAUUUUAUGAAGGCAAAUGAAGAAUAAGAAAAUGAAAUAGUUACAAUUGAGAGAAUAACUUUUAAUUAAAAUUAUCAUAUCCAUUAAUUCUUUCCAAAAUAUUAAGAGAAUACAAGUUUAGAUUUAUAAUAGUGGUCAAAUUGUAAUAAAAAUCUUAAAAAUAUUGAAUUUGUUGAUUAAUACAUAGAAGAAUAAUAAGAUAGUUUAUUAGUAGAUUUUGCAAAUAAAUAUAUAGGAGGUGGUGUAUUAUAUUCAGGAUGUGUUUAAGAAGAGAUUUUAUUUACAAUUAUGCCUGAAAACAUAAUAGCAGUAUUAUUUUGUGAAGUCUUAAAGAAUAAUGAAGUAGUAAUAGUAAAGAAUACUAUUAGAUAUUCAGAUUAUAAUGGAUAUCAUUAUACAUUUUAGUUUGUAAAAAGAGCGCCUAAAAAUUUGAACCAAAAUAUUUUAGUUUUAGAUGCUUAAAAUUAUAAGUAUAAUCCUAUGAGACAAUAUUAACCAGAUGAGAUUUUAAGAGAGAUUAACAAAGCAUUUAUAGGAUUUUCAUUAUAGUAAUAAGCAGAAGAAAAAGAGUUCUUGAUGCCUAUUUCAACAGGGAAAUGGGGAUGUGGAGCAUUUAAAGGAGAUUGUGAAUUAAAAACAUUAAUUUAAUUGAUAGCCUUUAGUGCAUCUAUAAAGAGAGAAGAUCAAUAAAGAAAGAUGAUAUUUUCUACAUUUAAAGAUAAGAAAAUGUAGUCAUUUAAAAGAGAUCUUGAUGAUAUCAUUUAAAAAUACAAAAAUAUAGGGAAUCUAUUUUAAUAAUUAUUGAAAAUAAAUAAAAAUUAAGGAUUGUUUGAAUUGUUACUAAGUUAAUAAUGA